AUGCCUAAGGAGAAGUCUACCCGCGGCAAGGGCAAAGCCACCAAGGCCGACGCCGGCAAGAAGAAGAAGGACCCCAACGCACCCAAGCGCGGUCUCUCUGCCUACAUGUUCUUCGCCAACGACCAGCGUGACAAGGUCCGCGAGGAGAACCCCGGAAUCAAGUUCGGUGAGGUUGGCAAGAUGCUCGGUGAGAAGUGGAAGACUCUCUCCGAGAAGCAGCGCCAGCCCUACGAGGCCAAGGCCGCCGCCGACAAGAAGCGCUACGAGGAGGAGAAGGUAGCCUACCAGAACGCCGCAGAGGAAGAGGAAGAGGAGUCCGAGUAG